AUGAAGAAACAGGGCAUUUGCUCUGUUUUCCUUCUUAUAAUCUUCACCCUGAAUCCCUCUCCCACACUCUCCGCCGGCGACUACACUCCCAUCGACAACAUAGUCGUCGAUUGCGGUUCCACAACCUCCGGCAGCAACAGGGCCGACGACCGGAGCUGGGACGCCGACAACCCUUCGAAAUUCCUCCAGCCCGGUUCGGAGUCGGCUUCUUCCACACCAACAGAGCAUUCCACAAGGCUCGAAAAAGUGCCUUACCUCUCUGCCAGAUGGUCUCGUUCCAACUUCACCUACUCUUUCCCAGUCAACCCCGGCCAGAAAUUCAUCCGCCUCUACUUCUUCCCGGCUACAUACUCUCCCGAUUUCAACAAAUCUGCCGCCUCCUUCUCCGUCAUCGCCGGCCAAUUCGCCCUCCUCGACAACUUCAUCCCUGAUCUCCACCCUCUAGCGACAAAGGAGGACGGAUUCCAGUUAGAAUUCUGCCUAAACGUGAACCCUAAUCAGCAACGUCUCAACCUGACCUUUUCCCCAACCCCCGGCGCUUACGCUUUCGUCAACGGCAUCGAAGUCGUCUCCAUGCCCACAAAUCUCUACUACUCCGACGCCGGCGCUGGGCUCAACAUCAUCGGUAACGGUAAUCAGCAGGGCAGUAUCCGAAACGACACCGCGUUGCAGCUGAUGUACAGAAUCGACGUCGCCGGACAAGGUAUCUCUCCCGACGGCGGCACGGGGAUGUAUCGGAAAUGGAGCCCCGACGAUAAAUACCUCGACAUCGAUCCUCCUCCGAGCUCUAUUUACUACAAUGACUCGGUUCCUCUGAACUCGAUUUACAGCAACGACUCGAUUCAGCUGCAGUACAGAGACGAGAUCCAUAAGCUCGUUGCGCCGGCGACGGUUUACCGAACUGCCCGGGGAAUGUCGUACAUCAACGAAUUGAAUCUGCAAUACAAUCUCACAUGGGGUUUCCCUGUAGAUCCUUCGUUUACAUACUUUGUCCGGCUCCAUUUUUGUGAGAUCCAGCCACCGGUCAAUGGCCUGGAUAACAGGGCUUUCUGGAUCUACAUCGCAAAUCGAACCACCGGGACUUAUACGGAUGUGAUUCAAGAAGCCGGCGGGAAUGGAUUCCCCUUUUUCAAAGACUACUUGGUCAGAAUUGAAGCUGAGGAGGAGAAGAAGCAAUUCUUGUUCGUUGCUCUGCAUCCUUUCCAGGAAAACAGCGCCUUCUACAAUUCGAUUCUGAACGGAGCUGAGAUCUACAAAUUGAGCCUGUCGGGUAGUUUGGCCGGACCGAAUCCCACCCGCCCCGCCAGCCCAUCGUCACCGGUUCCGUCUUCCUCCUCAACUUCAAGCCCGACAAGAUUAAUCCUCAUUGUUGCCGGCGGCGUCGUGUUAGGUCUCGCCGUGGUCUCUCUCCUGCUUCUCUUCGUCCUCCGCCGGAAGCGGAAAUCCAAAUCCUCAUCGAAUUACAUCGACGGCGGAUCGGCUUCCAAAUCGAUGCUGCCGUAUUCAUCCUUCGCAUCAACCAACGAGACAUCCAAAGAUGGCUCCUCGAAUCUCCCCUCGGAGCUCUGCCGCCGAUUCUCUCUCUCGGAGAUCAAAUCCGCAACCGGCGACUUCGACGACAACUUCAUCAUCGGAGUGGGAGGCUUCGGCGACGUGUACAAGGGACUCAUCAAUUUCAACGGCGGCGGCGGCGCAACCACCGUGGCAAUCAAGAGGCUGAAACAGGGGUCGCAGCAGGGAGCAAACGAGUUCCGAACAGAGAUCGAGAUGCUCUCCCAGCUCCGCCACCGCCACCUCGUCUCCCUGAUCGGAUACUGCUACGACGACGAGGAGAUGAUCCUCGUCUACGACUACAUGGCUCACGGCACCCUCCGCGACCACCUCUACAACAAAUCUCAACGGAGCUCCCCUGCCAUUCCCUGGAAACAACGAUUGGAGAUCUGCAUCGGGGCGGCACAUGGUCUAGACUACCUACACUCGGGAGCCAGUAACAUAAUCAUCCACCGCGAUGUGAAGACGACCAACAUCCUCCUCGACGAGAAUUGGGUGGCGAAGGUGUCGGACUUCGGGCUCUCGAAAAUCGGGCCCACAGCCGGCGCGCAGAACGCGCACGUGAGCACGGUGGUGAAAGGGAGCUUCGGGUACCUGGACCCUGAAUACUACCGGCUCCAACGGCUGACGGAGAAAUCGGACGUCUACUCCUUUGGGAUCGUCUUGUGGGAAGUCCUGACUGCUCGGCCGCCGGUGAAUCGGGCAGGGGGGAACGACAAGAGGAAGCUGGUGAGCUUGGCUGAACUGGCGAGGCAGAGUUGCAAGAAGGGCAGAGUGGCGGAAAUUGUCGACCGGGAUCUCGACGGCGAGAUUGCGCCGGAGUGUCUGAAGAAGUUCGCGGAGGUGGCGAUGAGCUGCUUGGUGGAGAACGGAGUGGACAGGCCGUCGAUGGGGGAUGUGGUUUGGGGGCUGGAUUUCGCGAAGGAGUUGCAAUGCGGCAGCGAGGAGCGGGUGAAGUUGUUGGCCGGCGGCGGUGAUGAUGGGGGCGGCGACGAUGGGAUUGCAGAGAUGCGUGGCGACUCUUGCUCGAUGGAGGGGAGGAAGAGCAGUGGUGGCUCGGGUAUGUUUACAACGAACAGUGAGAUUGAUUUGGGGCCGGGGAUGAACGGAAUGAUGGUUAUUAAUAUUCCGAGUGGCACUAUGACGAACGUUGAAGAGAGUUCCGCCAGUCAAGAAUACCCCGAAGAUGCUUUGUUGGGGUCGAAUGUUGUUUUCUCGGAAAUUUUGGAUCCGAAGGCUCGUUGA